AUGUCUCAAGAAUUGAUCGCAGCCUCCUCUUCUUCUUCUUUGACGCAAACUCAUGCCUCUCAGUUUCUCACCAUUAAACUCACAUCCUUAAACCACCUUUUAUGGCAAGCUCAACUUUUGCCCCUUCUUCGUAGUCAUAACCUCACAGAUCAUGUCUCCUCUUCUGCAACUACACCUUCUCCUACAAGUAAUGAUGGCUCACCGAAUCCUCAGUAUAUAAACUGGUUCAGACGUGAUCAGUUGGUCUUAAGUUGGCUUUUUUGCUCAAUUUCUGAAGCUUUACUGCCGCAAAUAAUAGGCCUAAAGAUAGCUCUAGAAGCUUGGACAAAACUUGAAACUAUCUUUGCCUCUGGCACGCGCACUCAAAUUCAACAGCUUAGAAAACAACUCAAACGAUUAUCUAAGGGCUCAAACUCCAUUGAUACAUAUAUGAGGCAUGCCAAAUCGAUCUCGGAUCAACUUGCUGCAUUACAGUCAGCAGUUCAUGAAGAUGCUUUAAUUAAUGACAUUUUGGACGGUCUAGGCUUGGAAUAUCGUCCUUUUAUCCGAGCGCUAGAAGCUAGGAAUGCUCUAGUUCAUUAUGAUGACUUGUAUGCUCUUCUUCUCAGUGAGGAAACUCAGUUGAAUGUGGAUAAACUUUCUCUUGAAGCCACCAUACCACCUACGGCACAAGUAGCUAAUAAAACUACCUUCAAUGGUUAUCAUGGUGGCCAGAGUUCUCGUGGAGGACAUAGAGGUCGUAGAGAGAAAUCUUUUGUCUGUCUAUUUGUUGACAGCUAA